AUGAAUCGUGUUAUAGCCUUAAUUGACAUGGACUGUUUUUAUGUCCAAGUUGAACAACAACUUGCGCCUGAAUUCCUCGGAAAACCAUGUGGAGUGGCACAAUACUAUACAUGGAAAGGAGGAGGUUUAAUAGCUGUCAAUUAUGAAGCGCGUGCAUUUGGCGUUAAACGUGGCAUGCGGGGUGAAACUGCAAAAGAAUUAUGUCCUGAUUUUCAUGUAUUCCAUGUUCAAGAAGUCAACGGAAAAGCGUGUCUAACCAAAUAUCGCAAUGGAAGUUCGGAUGUAUUUCGUGUGUUAAAUUCAUUGUGUAAAUGUGUUGAAAAAGCGAGCAUUGAUGAAGCUUAUUUGGAUCUUACUGAUGAUGUUCAACAGUUAAAAGCACAAAAAUUUAAAGUUGAUGGUAAUAAAUUACCAACAACACAUUUAGCUGGUUACACAAGUGUCACAGAUGACGAGCGUCGAGAUGUUUUAAGAAAAUGGUUAGGUCAAGAUCAAGAUAGUGACGAUCAAGAUAGUUACGAUAUGAAUGAAGAUAAUUAUGAUUUAGCUUUGGGUGCCUAUCUAGUAGAAAAUAUUCGAGAAAAAAUUAAAGAGCAAACAGGAUAUAAUUGCUCAGCUGGAAUCGCAAGAAAUAAAAUUUUAGCCAAAUUAUGUUGUGGUUUUAAUAAGCCAAAGAAACAGACAAUUUUAACUCCGACAGAUGUUGAUAAUAUUUUUGAAAAAAUGCCGUUGAAAAAAUUACAAAGUCUUGGUGGAAAAUUUGGUGAACAUUUAAUGGAAAAGUUAAAAGUAAAUUAUAUUGGUGAUAUUAAAAAAUAUGCACUCGAUGAACUACAAACAACAUUAGGAGAAAAAGAAGGUUUUUGGCUGUAUAAUGCUUGUCGUGGUAUCGAAACAGGAAGUGUCGUUAACAGACAACUAUGUAAAUCAAUUGGUGCUAGUAAAAAUUUUCCGGGACAAACGCGAUUAGACACAACAGAUAAAGUUCGUCUCUGGUUAAAAAAUUUGGCCGAAGAAGUUGUUGAUCGUUUGGAAAAAGAUCGUAUAGAAAAUAAACGGCGUGUCAAACUAUUAACAGUCUCAUUUACAUCCGAAAAUGACGAGACAUACGCUCGUUCGUGUCCAAUAUCCGAAUAUUCAUGUGAAAAGUUUGUCAAUGAAUGUUAUAAACUAUUGACACGAUUCAACAUUGUCAAAACACCAACAAAUAAAUGGACACCUGCAAUUAUUAAUCUUGGCAUAUCUGCCAGUAAAUUUUAUGAUUGCUCACAAACAACAUCAGUCAUUGAAUUAUUUGCUAAACAAUUAACGAAACAAAAGCAAACAACACAAAUGGUAAAUGAGCAAGAAAUAAUGAGUACAACAAGAUCGUCUGAAACAACAAAUAUUGAAUUUGAUGAUGAUGAUGAUAUAUUAAACGAAGAUGAUGAUAAUUGGGAUUGUGGUGAAAUUUUUAUGCAAGAUGCACCUAUUGAUGAAGUAAUUGAUCAACAAGAUGGAAUUCAACAACAAAGUUCUUCAUCUAUAACACGGAUGCAGAGAAUUCGAGAUGAUCCUGAAUUUCGUAAAAAAUUUCCGAUGGCCGAUUAUGAAGGUGAAUCAUUUUUUGAAAAAAUGCGUCAUGUACCAGUGGAAGAACCACGAAAAAAAAUGGUAAAAGAUUUUACACUGUUUGGAGCUGUAUCAAAUGGACAUUCAUUUUUUGCCAAAUAUAAAGAUGAACAAGAAGAAAUUCAUAAAGAAGAACGAGAAACUAUCGUUGUUGAUGAAGAGUCUAAAGAAACAAUUCAAAAUAAUAUUUUUGACAAACCAUCUAUAACACGUUUGAAAAAAUCUGAGCCUCAACAAUUUCUUGAUCCCUAUUUAACUUCUACAACGUCUUCAACGGCAAUGAAUUAUUCAAAAGAAGAUUAUGUUCAAUGUUCAAAAUGUUUAAAAGAUAUUCUAUGUUGGGAAUUUUCACAGCACGAAGACUAUCAUAUGGCCUAUGAUUUACAUCAACAAGAAAAUAAGCCGAUAGUUACUUUACCUCUUAUUAUUACAAAAACGACAGCAAAGAAAAAAUUGGCUCAAAAACGAACGAUUCAAACGAAUAGUACAACAGCAACGGCACAUGGUCCAAUGGAUACAUUUCUAAAACGACCUAAAUUAUAA